AUGGCCAGUCCUGCGUUUUCUCCCAUCCCACAAACGUUCUUCCCGGCUCUUUUCGGGUUUGCCUCUUUCAUUGAUUCCCCACUGGUCCAGUCCAUUCUCGAUGGCCUCCGACGUUAUGUGAUUCUGAUCGUCGUGUCCGUGUUGUUCUUGUGCCUAGUUAUUUACCCAUGCCUCCGCGACCUGUUUGACAUUCUUGUUCAGGACCUCGACAUCGGGCCCCGAUUUGACGACCUGGAGGCCGGAAGAAGAUUGCCGCUUCUCGGGAGGCUCCGUGGGGGACAGCCGCUUCGCUCUCCGGCCGAUCCCCUCCGCCGCUCCCGUACACAUCGAUCCUCUCCGGAGAGCGAAGCGCUGAUGAGGAUACAUGUGUACGGGAGCGGCGGAGGGGAAGAAGCCAAGCACACCGACUGCGUGAUUUGCCUCGAGGAUUUUAAGGACGGAGAAGAGUGCCUAAGGCCGACAUGUUGCGACCACACUUUCCACAAGGCUUGCCUGAAUCGCUGGCUCUUGGAACGUAGACGGUGCCCGAUUUGUCAGGCUCGGGUCGCAGCGGCGGUUGUGGCCCACACCAUAGCCCCCAGGCCCAGGCCCAUCCUCGCCACCCAAGUCAAAGCUCCACUCGGCUCAAAAGUCAAACCUGUGGUCAAAGCUAUCUGA